AUGUCAUCGCCACUUGAAUCCAAGCCAGUCAUCGGCAUCACCAGCGACGGCAAUCCCUGUUCUGUGGACAGUCUAAGUCAAAGCUCUACGCCUGCAAUCAUGUCUCUAGCAAUAGGCAAUGAAAAUGACUACAACACCGAAUCUUCGGCUAUCGCCACCGUUGAUGAAUCUGUGAGCACCUGCAAAACUGCUUCUGCUACUGCUGCUGCUGCUGCUGGUAGUGGUAACUUUGCCUGGAUCAAGGAGAAGAAAUCAACGCGGAAACAACAUCAAGGCGAAAGUAGUUUACCCAGACGUCUUCGAACUGCGUACACUAACAACCAGUUACUGGAGCUGGAAAAGGAGUUUCACUUCAACAAGUACCUUUGUCGGCCAAGAAGAAUUGAGAUUGCCGCCUCAUUAGACUUGACCGAACGACAGGUAAAAGUGUGGUUUCAAAAUCGAAGAAUGAAGCACAAAAGGCAAAGCGGCUCAAGCAAAAAUGGCGAUGAGAAGAGCUCUAAGGCAAGUUCGUGCAACAAUGAUGAUGACAGUGAUCUGGACGAAGGCAAAACCAAUUGCUCUGACAGUGGCUUUGCGCCUAAUUCGGACAAAACAAGCGAUAACGAGGAGAGCGACGUUUCAUUGAAUGCUCGCAUAUCACCGACGGUUAAGAAGAAGAAGCGAAAGAUGGCAAAGCGAGACUCUUGCUGCGUGGACGG